AUGAAGACUUCCAGCACUAUCUCCGCUUCUCUUCUACUGCUGUCCUUGGUCUUCAAUGCCGCUGGUAGCCCCAGUAAUCCUGGCCGCCUUCGUCGCCGACAAACGGUCCGAACGACGUCAAUUUUGAAUAGUCCCGCGCCCCAACCAGUUCUGCCAACUGCUGAGGAAGCUCUAUCAGCGGCAGCCACCGUUGGUUUAAAUUUGACUGACAUCCAGGCAGAUAUCCUGGUUGGAAUGAAAAAGAAGAAGGAGCUAUUCUUUUUUUUCGGUAUCCAAAAUGCGGCUCACUUCAAGCAUAAACUGGCUUCGGAUAUCCAGCCUCUCAUCACGUCUACAACCCAGAUUUUGAACGUCACCACUCAGCCUCUAACGGCUGUCAAUGUCGCUUUUUCUCAGUCAGGACUUUCAACCUUGGGUAUCACCGAUAAUCUAGGCGACCAGUUCUAUUCUAUGGGACAGGAAGCUGACUCUGCCGCCAUCGGUGACCCUGGAACUGGGAAAUGGGUAACGCCAUUUGCAGGAAUCUCAAUUCAUGGUGUCUUUCUCCUUGCGUCGGACACGGAGAAAAAUAUCGACAUCACUCUAUCCGAAAUCUUGUGGAUUUUAGGCGAUUCUAUUGGUGAGUUACACCGCGUUCAAGGUGCGGCCCGCCCUGGAUCAGAAGAAGGCCAUGAACAUUUCGGAUUCAUGGAUGGAAUCAGUCAGCCCGCCGUGAAGGGAUUCACCGAAUCCCCUCUGCCCGGCCAGUUAGCGGUCGAUGCCGGAGAAAUUCUAUUGUCUGAGCAGGGCGACAGCACUACUCGUCCGCCCUGGGCUAAAGAUGGUUCGUUCCUGGUCUUCCGUCAGAUGGAGCAGUUGGUGCCAGAGUUCAACAAAUUUUUGUUGGAUAAUCCUAUAUCUGUGCCUGAUGUUCCUCUCACUCGCGAAGAGGGAUCUGCCCUGUUAGGCGCUCGUAUGCUUGGACGAUGGAAGAGUGGGGCUCCCGUCGAUCUUGCGCCGUUAUUUGAUAACCCUAUGCUAGCGACCGAUCCUAUGAUGAACAACAACUUCACCUACCAUGAAUACGGUCAAAAUCAAACUGACCAAACUCGUUGUCCUUUUGCCGCUCAUACCAGGAAGGUACGCCCUCGAGCCGAUUUCCCCCCGGAGCUUCCAACGAAUCAUGUCAUUCGCGCUGGUAUUCCAUACGGGCCCGAAGUGACAUCUGAGGAAGCAAUGUGGAACAAGACGAGCCCUCUACUAGAACGCGGUCUUGCUUUUGUUGCCUACCAAUCUGAUAUCAACCAAGGCUUCCGCUUUUUGCAGCAAAACUGGGUCAACAAUGCAAACUUCUUCCAGAGCGGCACCGGCGUGGAUCCUAUCAUUGGUUCUGCUGGAACUGAUCCCUCUUCACGUAGUCGUCCAAUCGCUGGUUUAGACCCAACAGACCCUACCCGUGUCAUCACAUUGCAGAGUGAUUUCGUUGUAUCGCGCGGUGGCGAAUAUUUCUUCUCACCUUCAAUAUCCGCUAUAUUGAAUACCAUUGCCGCCUAA